AUGCAUAGAAAGGGAAGGCUAGGUCUGCUGGUGGAUGAUGGUGGCUCCGACGAGGAAAUCGAGUUUCUCUCUUCUGGAUGGUUAUUGCCUCCUGUACACGACGAGGGAGCAGUCGUCCCAAAAGCCAUCAAGAUCCAACAUAUCGAAUGGGCUGGAGAUGUACAGACCGAAUUUGCCAUUGAGCCGCGUGAUGCUCAACAGUCAGCUGCUUCUCCGUGGUCCCUGGUUUGGGCAUUAGCCGUGGUAUUGCUCCAAGCCUUCAGCUUUGGUCGGAUGCCACAGAUCGAGGACUGA